UCCGGAAAAUGCCAAGAACUAAGCGAAAUUGAGUAUGCAAUUGAGAUGAUAGCACCAAUAAUGAGUGAAAUAUUUAACGAUACAUCUGAAUAUAUAAACCUUCGCUGGGGAGAGACACUUUCCAACGUAAUGUCCGAUCGACGUAGAAAAAUUGAUUUACGAAUCAUUCGUAUCGCAGAUAAACUUGAACUAAGUCAUUCAGAAUGUGCAAAGGUUCCAUUACCCACGAAAAUAAUACAUGACCGAUCAAAAUGUUUACGUACACUAAAAGGUAUUUUAAAUAAUUUUUUGAAAGAAGACUUAUCCGACGAAGUGCGAGAUUCAAAAAUUUUAGGAAUUCAAUUUUAUGGCUUACAUGGUCAGGUUAUAGGUGUAGAUCUUAUAGAUGAUGGGCUGUACUUUGGACUUGAAGGUUCAUCUUUUGAAUUUCCGACACAACUUACGAAUAUUAAAUGUCUCCGUAACGCAUUGGAGGCUUUAUUUUUUUUCAAG